AUGGCGACAUUGACUGGCACGAAAUUUCGGGGUGAGAGCUGCGAGUGUUUUAAGUCCAAGAGCAGCCAGAUUCUCGUGAUUGGCUGCGUAUUCUGUUGUUCUGACAUCUCUUUCGUCGUUGACCUCGCUUAUGGCAAGAAUCAGUUUAUGCUUUUUAUCGAUCGUGUUGGUGUGUUUUUGGGCAAUCGAGCUCCGUGGAUUUUGGUUAUGGAUCUCUGCAAUUGCUUUGGUUUUCUGUGCUUAUUAUUGAUGGCGUAUAAAAGGAUAGUAAAGGAGCUUAAGGACUUGCAGAGGGACCCUCCGACGUCUUGCAGUGCCGAUCGUUAUGUUGAUGUUCUGAUGCAUGUUUCUAUUCCUUCUUUUAAGCUGGAAUGGUAUUCACUUAUUGCGUGGCGUUUUGGCCUCUAA